CAAAAUAUUUAUUCACUCUUGCACUUGGGAAAACUGUCGUAGUGGACCGCUAUUUCUCCAGCGACUCGUGACAACACAGACGAUUUUUCAAAUUACGCUUGGUCUGCAUUAUGCCCCCUAAGGGCGAAAUAAAACAAGUCACCCUUGGCAUAAUACUUUACAUUAUAGCCUCAGCAAGUGCUAAAGCCAUUAUCGACCAGAAAGCUGAAGAAACCCGAAAUAGCAAUACCCAAGAGCAGACGGUUGGUGUCCAGAAGAGAUCCGGAUACGAGUAUCCAGCGCCCGCUGUGCCUGUCACCUUCGACGAGCAUCAACACCACCAACCGGAACAACCUGUCGUAGAGCAGCAAUUCGUAGGACAGCAAUUUGUAGAUCAUCAAUUUGUACACCAGCAAGCUCUGGUAGAGCAACACCAUGUAGAACCAAUUGGAGUGCCUUUGGUCGAUGAUCAUCUUCAUGAUCACCACCACCACCACCACCAUGAAGAGGAUCACCACGAUCCGGGAUACUGGAAGAAAAAACUGAUCUGGAAACCCGACUGGAAAAAGAUUUGGAAACCAGCCAAGAAGCAGAUCUGGAAGCCCGAUUGGAAGAAAAUCUGGAAACCCAUUUGGGUACCAACGCAGAUUCCUGUUUGGAAGGAUAUUCAGAUACCAGCCUGGAAACAGAUCUGGAAACCGGUAUGGAACGAAAUUCAGGUUCCCGCGUGGAAGGAAAUUCAAGUACCCGAUUGGAAGAAAAUCUGGAAACCAAUCUGGGUCCCGACGAAAGUUCCUGCCUGGAAAGAGAUCCAAGUUCCCGCAUGGAAACAAAUCUGGAAGCCUGUUUGGAAGGAAAUCCAAGUACCCGACUGGAAAGACAUCCAGGUGCCGGCGUGGAAACAGUACUGGUACCCAGCAUGGGUGAAGGUAGGAAUUCCCGGAGAGAAGUAUCUUGGCAAGGACCAUGAAGGCUGGGAGUACACUAGCCACGAUUUGUGGAAAAAGAAGUUGGUGUGGAAAUCGGCCUGGAAGCAGAUCUGGAAGACGGAGCAGAAACAAAUUUGGCGAACCGAUAAGAAGCUGGAAUGGAAGGCUGCCUGGAAGCAGAUUUGGAACACAGCGAAGAAACAAGUUUGGGUUGACGACAAGAAACUAGCGUGGAAAGAAGCUUGGAAGCAAGUUUGGCGGACCGAGAAAAAACAGGUUUGGGUUCCAGAGAAGAAACUGGAAUGGAAAGCGGCGUGGGUUCAGACAUGGAAGCCAAGCAAAAAAUUGAUUUGGGUACCAGACAAGAAGCUCGAGUGGAAGGAAGCAUGGAAGCAGAUUUGGGUGCCAGAUUGGAAAGAGAUUUGGGUACCCGCGUGGAAGCAGAUUUGGAAACCUGUAUGGAUCUCUGAGUGGUUCCCUUCGCCUGAUCACCACGAUCAUCACCACGAGGUAGAACACGGUUGGGAUCGGAAGGAUGCAGCAGGGUCGAAGGCAGUUUUCAAACGUAGUGAAACCGCCUCUGGUCAGCCCAAAUCUGUCGAAGCAGCACCGGAGGCUGCGACGAAUAUUACACCUGCCGUGGUGAAAACAGACACCACCGAGAACAAAUCUGAUUUUCGGUUUCCAAUCUCCUAACUCAUUCACGAUAGCUCUAGAUCUAGAUAAUAUCUUUACUUUAGUUGCCUUGUACACAAAGUCAUCUAGUUAUUAACUAGAUUUACUCAGUAUUUAAAUAUUGUAUAAGAGCGCCCGAGUUUGAGAAAUUGUAACACGGAGUGAAAAAGACUAAACUAAGCGAAAUGAAAAGUGAAUGUUGAGUUUACAUUGUUACAUCAAUAAUGCUCAUCUUCAUCGCAGCACGUUUUCCAUAUCAAACUUAAUUAUUGUGACAUCACAUCGUAAGAGCUACAUACUGGCUCCUGACGAUGGAGCCGUAUGCUAGUAGAUUCACAUCCGCCAUUCCUUACACCCAUUCUGUACGACUGUAUGUUUGUUAAUUUUAUGAUUUUCUCAU